GUGUGGUUCGUGUUGGUUGUUCGCUCUGCAGCUCAGAGAAGAUGGCGGCGUUACGAGUCGUGGUGCUAUCGGGGAGUGGGAGAGCCCUCCUCAACACCCCGAGGACUAUCAAGACCCCCGUGGCCAACAUGUCCUUCGCCAGCCUGCCUCGGAACAAGAAGGUUGCCCUGACGACGCUAGGCGUGGUGACGGCCGGCGGGGCGGGGCUCGCCAUGAUGCUGCACCAGUCCGUUAAAGCCUCCGACCUGGAGCUCCACCCCCCCAACUACCCCUGGAGCCACGGGGGACCUCUGUCCUCGCUGGACCACGCCAGUGUUCGUCGUGGUUACCAGGUGUAUAAACAGGUGUGUUCAGCCUGCCACAGUAUGGAGUACCUGGCCUUCAGGAACCUGGUGGGGGUGUCACACACAGAGGCCGAGGUCAAGGCCAUCGCUGAGGAGGUGAGCUAUCUCAGAGGGUUAAAGAUUGUGUGUUGUAUGUUCACCCGGCCAGGAAAACUGUCCGACUACUUCCCAAAGCCCUACGCUAACCCCGAGGCCGCCCGCGCUGCUAACAACGGAGCCAUGCCUCCAGACCUCAGCUACAUCGUCAACGCCAGACAUGGAGGAGAGGACUACGUGUUCAGCCUGCUGACGGGUUACUGUGAACCUCCUGCAGGAGUAUCAAUAAGGGAGGGUCUCUACUAUAACCCGUAUUUCCCCGGCCAGGCCAUCGGCAUGGCCCCGCCCAUCUACAACGAGGUGCUGGAGUUUGAUGACGGAACUCCUGCCACCAUGAGCCAGGUGGCUAAAGAUGUGUGUACGUUCUUGAGGUGGGCCGCUGAGCCAGAGCACGACCAACGCAAACGCAUGGGACUCAAGUUGCUGCUGGGCUCCGUGAUCCUGGUCCCUCUGAUCUACUACAUGAAGAGACACCGAUGGUCCGUGUUGAAGAGCAGGAAGAUCGCCUACAGGCCUCCCAAGUAAACCCAACCAACAACCCCUCGCUGGGUCUAGAACCAACAACCCCUCGCUGGGCCUAAAACCUCCAGAGAGCUGCGUCCAACAACCCCACAACCCUCGGCUCACAGCAGCACACGGACAAGAACCACUGACAAACACACACAGGCCUUCCUCAGACGGGCUAAAGAAAGAAAUAAUAAGAGAAUAUAUGAUACGUUUAUUUACAGAAGAAGAAGAAUGUUUGCUUUGUAGUUGUUAGAACAAACCGUGUGUCUGGAGAGUUGUGGCGUUUUUGAACGCAGCCUCCUCAAAGUUUGUUUGUUGGAUCUGCAUCGAGUUAAAACCGGCAGCAGUUCAGGUCUCCACAUCUCGUAUCAGACACUCUAAAUAAUCGGCCGGCGAGUCGACCGACUGCCCGUCUUUGUAAGAUACUUCAAUAAAAUCACAAACGGCUGAAAUGGUUGUAAGAUGCUGCGUGUUAAUCCAUCCUGGUCCCUGUUGAAGCCGCUCAGUGGAUGCAAUGCAACCUCUGUUUUACUGUACAAAAUAAAUUAUGUUAAAGGUAA